CUAUAAAUAGAAACUUAUUCUUGUCGAUCCAAGCCGAACAUCUGCUAUGCGCGCAAUGCACAGUAAAGUAUCGGAAUCACUGGGGAAUAACGAAGCAGAAUUCGCCUCCAACGCUGCUCAGUUCUCCACUGGCGGCGUGCAAGGAGACACGUCCUAACCGGGUCUAGACCUAAAGGGGUGGAUGGUUUAAGUUGUAGCCUUCAAUAGGUUAACGAGUUGCAUUAGAGUGGUUGCAACAAGGGGCAUGGCUUAUAUUAGCUGCUAAUCGAAACAUGACAAGAUGUCACAAAACAAUAAAUUCUUAGCCAUCCCGGAUCAAGGCGAUCUCUUCGUCCCGGUAGGGAAUGGAGGAUCUGAGAAGCGCAGCAAUUCUCCCGCGGAUGACGAGGACGAGGAACCCGAGGAUGACAUUCGACUCAUACCCAGGUCCUCUCCCGUGCCCAGGAAGCGCGGCCCAUCAAUUGCUGAUGAGACAGCGGAGUAUAUGCGAAUUCGACUGGCUUUUAAACGCCGAGUGUCAUUCGCCGAUGCCACAGGUGGAGAACUCGUGGAUGUGAAAGAAUUUGUGGCCUUUGAUUCAGAUGAUGAUGAAAGCGCCGAAAGAUGGGAGGCAGAAGAAGCCCGUUAUCGUGCAGCUGUGCGCGAACCGACUUACAGCAUGUAUCCAGAGUUUCAGGGCUUAACCGGCGAUGAUUUGAAAGCGUCGGUGCGCACCCACAAAGUAGAAGUGGAACCUGUGUCUUCUGACCCUGAUGAUCCGCUGACAUUCUCCGGAACAAUUCGUGUUCUCAAUAUUUCGUUCCAUAAGUCAGUGUAUGUGCGCUCUACCAUGGACGGUUGGGGCACCUACUUUGAUUGUCCGGCAGAUUAUGUGGAAGGCUCUUACGAUGGAGAAUCCGACCAGUUCUCAUUUAAAUUGUCGUUUGCUCAACCUUACCUUUUCCACGGCGCGCGAAUUGAUUUUGUAGUGCGUUAUGAAACGUCAGAUGGAGAGUUCUGGGCUAACAACAACGGCAGGAAUUAUUCGGUUACACUUAUUGUUACGUUUGAAGACCGUGCAACUCACGCCUCUGCCAUGGAUAUGCAUAACGUACGAGGUAUACUUAAGCCGCCAAGACCUGGAAUGGACUAUGAUGACUCUGAGGACUACGAUGAUGAAGGGGCUAGAGGGGAGCCAGAGAACCAGCUACGUCCGGUGCACCCUGUGAUCGUUCAUCCUGAGAUGGACAUAGACGUGGGAGGUCAGGAGCAGGGAUCUCUCUCCAGCACAGACCCUUCGCAAACAACAACAAAAACAACAACAACAACAACUGCAGCAACAACAACAACAAUAACAGAAGGCACACCCUAUUUUAGCACUACCACUGACCUGACUGCUCCAACCACUGAGUGGAGCCCAUGCGUUCAGCAAGACACCACAACUCAAGCCAGCACUUCCCUGCCACUGCCAGGACCAGAACUUGGAUCAGACCUGAACCACCCACCACAACCACGGCAAGAGAGCCAAGACAGUGAACCAGCAGUCCAGGAUGAAGUCCAAGAUGUAACUUCAGUCCCAGCAUGUCAUGGUGAGUUAUCAGCCCUGGCACAACACACUAUCGCUGAAGACAACCUUGGAUUGAGGUCACCCUCAGAGACCAGAGACACAGACCCUAAGCCUGAAGUAGCAACAGACAUACCUCAUCAAUCAGACCUUCUUGCCCGAGCUCCCCCGUGCCUGUCACUGGGUGAAGAAAUGGAUGAGAAUAAGCACAAAGACACAAGGCUCAUGUCUGCUGAAGAAAUGGAUGCGAACAAGGACAAAGACACAAGGCUCACAUCUGCUGAAGAUAUGGAUGCGAACAAGGACAAAGACACAAGGCUCACAUCUGCGGAAGAUAUGGAUGCGAACAAGGACAAAGACACAGGGCUUACAUCUACUGAAGAGAUGGAUGCGAACAAGGACAAAGACACAAGGCUCACAUCUGCGGAAGAUAUGGAGGAGGAUUUUGAGGAGCUCACAGCGUUAGCAAAGCAGGAGCCUGAGAUCGAGGAGAAGAUUGACACCAGUGAGAGGUUUGAAGGGUCAGAGGAGGAGCCUAUAGAGGUCGAGAAGACCGAUAACAGUGAGAAGUUUGAGGCAUCAGAGGAGGAGCCUGGAGAGAUCGAGGAGAAGAUUGACACCAGUGGGAGGUUUGAGGGGUUAGAGAGAAGCACCAUCACAGAGUUGGAGUCACCAACAAGCUCGGACAUCCUUGAGGAACAUGUGAGAAAUGGGAGCACAGAAGUCGUUGGAGUGGAAAUUGUUCUGGAAGAAAAUGCUGACCUCGAGGAGGUCCCUCGGGUGAGCCUGGGCAGUCAGUCGGAGAUCUCUUGGGGCCCAGAGCUCCGACCGACAGAAGAGUCUGUUCAAGCUGCAGGAGAGGUUGUGUCUUCCUCAGCAGCAAGCCGUUCACUGCCAACCCACCAAAGCCCCAUCCACCCAGGGCCAACAGGCGAAGACAAUACAGCCCUGAGCCAGGUCUCUCUCUCUGAUACCAUCUCUGAUGCUGACAAGUCACCAAGACCACUGCAGCACCCGAAGAAGCCAUAUGAGCCACCUGCAUUAGAGGAAUCAACUGCCUCCUUGGAUUCAGAAUAUACCAGUCAUGAAGAUUUGGCAGUUACGUCCGCUCCCAGACCAGACGAACAGAAAAACUUUGCAGAAGAAAUGGCCUUGCCACAGUAUCUCACCAUAGACUCCCACACAACUACACUAUCAACCAGAGAUGCAUCCCACGUCCCAGAGGAAGACUAUCUUGACGUCCCUGCUGGUACUAAGGAGAAGAAGUCCCCUGUUGAAGCCUCCUGUCCAGCCAUCCUGACCCCGGGGGUCCCCGAAAAUGCACUGGAGUUGCCCGGAGACUCAGUGGGCACCCUGGACGGUCCCGUCAGCAUCUGGAGGACUCUGAGACCUGCCAUGUUUGGCAUGAGUGUGGUCACCUGUUCCAUCGCAGCCGUGCAAGAACCCAGCAUUCUCCUCGUACUGGGACUCUACUUAAUUGUUCACUGUUUCUGAUCCAUCUUCCUUUCUUUCCUUUUUUUGCUAUUCUUUCUUCACUUUUAUCUUCUUGAGUGCCUUAUUGAUCAGUCCAAACCUAUCACCAACAUACAUUGCAAUGUUUGAAUUGACACAUUUCAGUUUCUUUCAUUCAUUUCAAACCCAUAAGCACCCAUAAAUAUGCAUACUUUAUAUAUUUUUUAAGUUAUACGUCAGUGCAGUUUCAUCUCUACUAACUCUGGUCUUUAACCAAUGCACAAUUUCAGUAACUUUUUGCAUUAAUAUUUCAGGUCCACAUGACAAAGCAGCUAAAUGUAGCAAUCACCAAUCAUAUCCGAAACCACAUCUUCAAAAAUCUUGAAUGGUGCACUCAAUACUGUAACAACAUUCAUAACAAUGGCGAUCUAGUCUACGUGUAGGGUGAAGUCAAUUAUAUUUACACUUUAACAUUGGCAGUGUAAUGAAAGUGUCUGGCGGUUUUUGCCUGGGAUGUGUGUUUUCUGAAGGUUUUAAGCAUGGUAUAUGAUACGCAGUGGGUGCCAUAUUAAAUUAAUUAUGAUCCCAAUUUAAUACAUUUGAAUGAAUUGGGGAAAAAAGGAUACAAUUAUACAAAACAUACAAUCAUGGCUGGCUUUUAUGUAAAAAAACUACAAAUAUGGCAGGCUUCCCACUGGCGAUGAGUGUGAGGGCAUCCUGUUGAAGGAUAUCUGUGCAUGAAGUGAAUGGUCUGUGACGUGCUGGAAACGUUGGAGAGGACGUUGAGACAACAGAGAUGGAAGUAAUGUCUAGGAUCAGACAUAUUUUCCCCAUGUAUGUUUAUUUUCCCAUAAGUAGUUAUAUUUUUGUGCAUAGAAAAAGUAUUUAAAUCAAAGGCCAGCAAUAAAUCUCCUUUAUGAAAGUAAUUUAAAGAGGAUAGGCACGUGGUUGACAUAAUAUGUGCCAAUAAAUGGUUUGAUAGAUGGUUUGCCGAGA